AUGCCAGACAGAACAGUUUUGCUAACUAUGGUAGACGAAUCAUGGGCAAGUCCAGGAUCUAUGCUUGAAAUUUUACUACAAAGCUUCAAAUCAGGCGAAGGGACUCAAAGAUUGUUGAAUCACUUGCUGGUCAUAACCAUGGACCCACAAGCUUUUGAGUACUGCAGGUCCUUGCACCCCAAUUGCAUCCACCCCUCCACUUUUAGAAGUUCAUAUCAUAAUGCUUUCACUUUUACAAGAAACGAUGUUUUGCUAGAUGUGCUUCAACUGGGUUACAACAUAAUUUUCACGGAUGCAGAUGUACUGUGGCUUAGAAGUCCAUUUUCAAACUUCAAUCCAGCAUAUGAACUCACAAUUUCAUGUAAUUUCUCAAGUGAUGGAGGUUACCUGCUGCAUGAUGGGGGCGUCGUCUUCUUGAAAGCAAAUGCCAUUUCCUUUGAGUUCUUCAAGUAUUGGAAAUUGACCAAGGUUCUGUAUCCAAACUCUCCAGCAGUAGAAUCCAUGUGUACAACUAUCAUGCAAAGGCAAGAUCUAGUUGACAUGUAUCGCUUGCGUCUUCAGAAUGUAAAUGCAGCUUAUUUUGGUGGGUUUUGUCAGCUAAAUAAGGAUAUGUUAAGGGAGGCUAAUACCAUUCAUGCUAACUGUUGUGAUGAUCUCACAAGCAAAGUUCAUGACUUGAGAAUUGUACUUGAUGAUUGGAUCCGCUUCAGAAAAGGUGUAUUAAGAAAAAGUGCUUCAGACCAAAUGGCUUUGAGGUGGCCACAGAUGUGCUCCAGAUAA